AUGAGGUCUGUUGUCGCCGAUUUGACCUCAAGUGACUCGAGUCUCGCUUGCAGGCUGGAGUGCAAAGUGCGGCUGCACAAGCCCACCAAGACGUGGCAGAAGGCGCGAGACGACUGCCUCCGCCGAGGAGGCGACCUGCUCAGCAUCGCCGACUCAAAUGAACAGGCAUUCACACAAGGUCUGUACACUUCUCUGUCGAGCGCUCCCUCUCUGUGGUUGGGGGCCAACAACAAGAUCAUGAAAGACGGGAGCGAGUGGACUGACGGAUCCCUGUUCGGUUACAUGCUCAUGGACAGAGAUGACCCCGGUGACCUCUCUGGUGCAUCCUGUCUUUCCUUACUCACAAGCAACGGCCGCUGGAAGUUUGACGAUUGCAGGAAGAAAAGGGGCUACAUCUGCAAGAAAAGAGGAAUCCCGGCAAAGCCUCAGCAGCCUCUUCCUGCUUUAACCCAUCAUGAGCCAACAUGUGACACAGUCAACGGAUGGAGUCCUCACGGCUCAAACUGUUACAAGAAGAUGGAGACCCCCAACGGUUGGCUGGGGGCUCGUCACAACUGCCUCUGGGAGGGCGCGGACCUUGUCUCCAUCACCUCUGAAGACGAGGAAAUGUUUGUGAUGGAGCAAAUGGGCAACAAACCGUUCUGGAUCGGACUCUCCAAUCUGAACUGCAACGAGACCUGGUGUCAGUUUUUUAAAGCAGGCGAAAAGAGUGUGACUUGGUCCUACACCAGUGUGACGCCGACCUACGCCAAUUGGGACCCGCGUCAAGACCAGAGCUUCAACGAUGAAUCUUGCGCAUACAUCAACGAAGGUGUGCACGGAGACAGUCAGCCUAGCAAGUGGAGCCAUGGCUCGUGCAGAUCCUCAUUGGUGUACAUGUGCGAGCGGUCGCCCGACGCUUCCUACUGUGACUCUGACGAGUUCCUGUACAAGGACUCUUGUUAUCACUUUGAGGGGACGCCUAAAACUUGGCAAGCGGCUGAAGAUUUCUGCAAGGAAAAGAGAGGUCUCUUGGCCAGCGUCCGCUCACCGGUUGACAGACGAUUUUUGGCUGGUGAGCGUCAAGACAAACUGACCAAUCAUCCCGCCAUGUUUCAUAACAUCGUCACAAGUGCUUGUUCUGCUUUCCUCAAGCUCACGUGCGAGAAGGAGUUCAACCUUGGCUGGGACUCAAGGAAAGCACAGCCAAGUUUGAGUGGCUCGACGGAUCAUCUACAGCAAGGCCAGAGCUUCUCUUCCGCUACUUCCGGCGUUGGCAUCAGCGUCAGGUGGGCGUCCCAGCCUGCAGCCCACAUGCAGAAUCUUGUUUGCCCUGAAGUGACUCGAGUCUCGCUUGCAGGCAAGAGUGCAAAGUGCGGCUGGUGGCGGGAGAACCCCGCCAACGACUUGUGCUACCUGAUCAACGCCAUGCCCACCAAGACCUGGAAGGAGGCGCGGGACGAGUGCGCCCGCCUCAGAGGCAACCUGCUCGCCAUCACCGACUCGAACGAACACACCUUCAUACGAGGGCUUCUGGCAAGCGGUUCCUCUUUGUGGUUGGACGCCAGCGACACCAUUGUUGAAGUCGGCAGCAAGCAGUCUGACGAAUCCUCACCGAGUUCCGUCCUUUUGGGCGCAAGUAACCCUGGUGACCCCCCCGGCCGACGCUGCAACUCCUUACUCAGUGGCAAGGGCGGCGUGGAAGUUGUCGAUUGCGAGAAGAAGCGCGGCUACGUCUGCAAGAGAAGAGUCGUUCAGACAUGUGAAAGGACCAAAGGGUGGCGCCGCUUUGGCUCCAACUGCUACAAGAAGAUGGAGACCACCAACGGUUGGCUGGGGGCUCGUUACGACUGCGUCUGGGAGGGCGGCGACCUGGUCUCCAUCACCUCAGAGGGCGAACAAAGCUUCGUGAAGGAGCAAAUGGGCGACAAGCCGUUCUGGAUCGGACGUUCCAAUCUGAACUGCGACGUGGCCUGGUGUCAGUUUUUUGAAGCAGGGGAAAAAAGACUGUCUUUGUCCGACACCGGUGUGACGCCGACCUACGCCAACUGGGACUCGCGUCAAGAUAGAAGCUCCGACCAUGAAUCCUGCGCGUACGUCAACCAAGGUGUGCACGUAGACAGUCAGCCUGGAAAGUGGAGACAUGGCUCGUGCGGAUCCUCAUUGGCGUACAUGUGCGAGCGGCCGCUCGACGCCUGCCCAGACGGACGACUGUGUUCCUACAAAGACUAUGGAACGGGCUACAAUCGAGUGGAGACUUCCUACUGCGACACUGGCGACUUCCUGUACAGGGACUCUUGCUAUCACUUUGAGGGGAUGAAGCGAACUUGGGAGGCAGCCGAGAGGUUCUGCGAAGAAUGGAACGGUGGUCACCUGGCCAGCGUCCUCUCAUGGGAUGAGGGCCAAUUCUUGGCUGCUCACGCACCAUAUGCAGGAGGAGUGCAAUCUUGGGUGGGACUCAAGAAGAACAAGGACAACUUUGAGUGGAGCGACGCAACACCCACGGGCAACAUUGCAUGGGUGCUAAACCGGCCAACAGGACGUGGUGAUUGCUGUGCGCUAUCGCCAACUGGACAAGUUGAGGACUGGCCCUGCACCAAUAGUCGGUCAUUCAUCUGUAAAAAAGCCAAGGUCCAAGAGUUGGUUCUUCCUCCGCCGGCAGGCUGGAGUGCAAAGUGCGGCUGGUGGCCGGACCAAUCCUCCUCCGACUUCUGCUAUUUGAUUCAACGCAGGCCCACCAAGACGUGGCAGAAGGCGCGAGACGACUGCCUCCGCCACGGAGGCGAUCUGCUCAGCAUCACCAACUCACAUGAACAGGCCUUCAUACAAGGUCUGUACACUUUUCUGCCGAGCUCUCCCUCUCUGUGGUUGGGCGUCAACAACAACAUCACGAAAGACGGCAGCGAGUGGACUGACGGAUCCCCGUUCGCUUACGUGCUCAUGGACGGAGAUGACCCCGGUGACCUCUCUGGUGCACCCUGUCUUUCCUUACUCACAAGCAACGGCCGCUGGAAGUUUGACGAUUGCAGGAAGAAAAGGGGCUACAUCUGCAAGAAAAGAGGAAACUCCCCAAAACCUUCAAAGCCUCAUGAGGGCUUUAAGGAGAUCCUUAUCUGCGACAACGGUUCUGCUGACCUCUUUUGUGAGGGUGAGGAUCAGAAGCAAGGCCGCAUCAGCAUCCAGUCCGCCUUUUACGGUCGGCGGAGUGACGACGUUUGCUUGGUGGACAGCGACUCAUAUGACGACGAGUACUGCGGAGUGGAAGGCAUCCUCCCUCGCUACAGGAAAAUGUGCAACGGCCACCAAAAAUGCCACAUUGCGCUUUUGGAGGACGAUUCCUGCCCUGCCACCUCCAAAUAUCUGGAGAUGGUCUAUAGCUGUGAGCACAAAGUAUGUCUUGACAGUCUGGGCAUCGCGGACGGGAGCCUCGCAGACUCUGUCUUCAAAGCCUCCUCCUCGAUGGAAGACGCCACCCCAGAAAAAGCCCGCCUCAACGGGGAGUCCUGCUGGAAGCCGUCAAAAGCUCCCGUCGGCAGCUGGAUCCAGGUGAACCUCGGUUACAAGAGAAAGGUGAUGGCGAUCGUGACCCAGGGGUGUGAUAGCAACAAUACUCGCUCCUGGGACAUCCAACUUGAGAUGAAGGUGAGCGUUGAUAGGAGGAAGUGGACCAAACACCCAAACAGGAAGUUCAUCGGUGGUGGGACUCAUCUGCUUGAGACGCCCGCGUUCGCUCAGUACGUCCGCAUUCUGCCGCUGGAGAAUCGUCCAGAAUUUGGCCUCCGCUUAGACAUCUUGGGAUGCCCACAUGACGAUGCGAUGACCUGCGCCAGACAGUUCAACAGCCUCCACUUGACCGAUUCGAUGACGUUCUACUGUCCACCUGGGUGUGCCAAAGACAAACACUUUGUCUUUGGAACAUUGGUCUACUCUGAGAGCUCGCACAUUUGCGCCGCCGCCAUUCACGCUGGAGUCAUUCAGAAUAACAUUGGAGGAGAUUGCAUUGUGAUGCGAGCUCCCAAACAGCAAGUCUCCGCGGGCUCCGCUGGGAAUGGGAUCAUCUCCAGACAUUUGGACGACCCACUGGGUGAUUCUUAUACGUUUGCAGAUGGGGAGCCCAGAUGCUCGGCACCUGACUGGGAGGAGUUUGCGGGAUUUUGCUACAAACCUUUUGACGACGAAAGGAACUGGGCUGAUGCUCAACAAGUCUGCCGUGGUUUUGGUGCCGAACUGGUGUCCAUCCGCACCGAGGUCGAGCAGGCGUGGGUGAAAAAUGCCUCCAACUUUGAAACCAGCGACAUGUGGACCGGACUGAACGACCUGGCGCUUCCCGGCAUGUUCGUGUGGUCGGACCGCCACAAGGUGACCUUCACCCACUGGGUCGCAGGAGACCCCAACCAGCGAGUUGGCCUCGGCAAGCACUGCGUGGCUCUGUUACGGCAGACUGGAAAAUGGAAGCUAAUGUCUUGCGCCCAAGUCAACAGCUUCAUGUGCAAGAUGCUCACAGUGCACUUUCCAAUGACCUCAUUGAAGCCACAGGUGGCGCAGUAGAGUCCACCUUGGUGACAGCCUCGCCGUGUCAGUUCCCAAUGGCCCAAGACCACUCAAUGCCCGUGGAGAAAAUUGACAACGGCGCCGCUCAAGCAAGUCAUCGAGGAAGAAAUUUAAUGCCCUCCCUACUCUGCUCAAUGAUUAUAAAUAGUAUCAAAAUUGUAAUAACAACACCUCUGCACAAGUGUAUAGCAUUUAGCUUAGCCGUUAUUAGCCAACUAGAUGUGUCCAGAUGAAAUGUGAACAAGCAUUCUAUGUUCACCAACACUCGACUCUACUUGGGGCCUGUUUGUCCUUCUAUUCUUUUUUGCGCGCUUGACAACUUUGACUGCCUUUUCGUAAACAAGGUCACUCACUCAAAGAGCAAAACACAUUGAUUCCAGUGCUUUCAAUGAGGACAAUCGUAAGAAUGUGAGAGACAAGAAUAGUUUUUAAUCUUGAAUGAAAGUCCGAAGUCAGUAUUGUUCUUUGUAUUGUUUUUUAAUCAUGUCGUGUUGUCUAGUCCUAAUAACCCUUUAAAAUGGGAGCCCAGACUCGACAGCUUUUUGUUUUAUUCCGGUCAAAGAACGCUUCUAUAGAUUGUAUGAUUACAAAUAAUGAAUCUAAAAAGAGCUUUGUUACUGCCAAUGUUGUCUGCAAUUAAACACUGUAGUAAUGAGAGUUUUUACCUGGAAGGAUAAUCCCGUAUUUUCCAUAAUCCAUCAUUUUCUACGGUAUGUUACUGUAGCUACAAUUCACUGUAUAUCAUGUAAAUGUAUAUCCAGU